GGCGGGGAAUUUAAAUGUGCGGCUGCGGUGAGGGUCAGACCGAGAGGCACAGCACAGAGAGGAGGAGUGAGACCGGGGCAGAAGAAGAGAGAAAAAAAAAACACACACACACACACACUUUGAGCUGUUAUUUUAGAUCAUACUCUCUCAGCCGCGGUCAUGGCUCUUCGUUUGAGAAAAACUACCCGAGUUGCUGUCAACAAUGUUGAACCGACACACCUGCCAGCGGCUAAAGCUGGAACAAAACCUCGCCUAAGACCAAGACCUGCCUUGGGGGACAUCGGAAACAAGGCACGAGGGAAAGUAGUAGGAGCCAAGGAGAAAAAUGUGCCUGCUCCUAAGGUGGAACAAGUGAAACCUUGCAAACCAGUUGUCCAACCAGAAGAUGUGUUAACGUUGCAAGUUCCUGCUUCUCCAACCCUGAUGGAAACCUCAGGAUGUAUACCUGAUGAUCUGUGCCAGGCUUUCUCAGAGGUGCUGCUGCCUGUUAAAGACGUUGAUGAAGAUGAUGGUGACAAUCCUAUGCUGUGCAGUGAAUAUGUCAAAGACAUUUACAAAUACUUGCGACAACUUGAGGCAGAGCAGCCAGUGAGACCAAAGUACUUGGAGGGAAAGGAAAUAACUGGGAAUAUGCGAGCUAUCCUAAUUGACUGGCUUGUUCAGGUUCAGAUGAAAUUCAGGCUGCUUCAGGAAACCAUGUACCUAACUGUGGCAAUCAUAGAUCGAUACCUUCAGGAUAAUGUAGUAACAAAGAAGAUUCUACAACUUGUUGGUGUUACUGCAAUGCUGGUGGCUUCCAAAUAUGAGGAGAUGUAUCCGCCAGAAAUUGAGGACUUUGCCUUUGUCACUGACAGCACCUACACCAGUACUCAGAUUCGCGAGAUGGAGAGGAGGAUUCUGCGGGAGCUUGAUUUUUCUCUUGGUCGGCCCCUCCCUCUGCACUUUCUGAGAAGAUCUUCAAAGAUAGCUGAAGUAAGCUCUGAACAACACACCCUUGCCAAAUACCUGAUGGAGCUGACCAUAGUGGACUAUGAGAUGGUGCAUUAUCCUCCAUCCAAGAUUGCUGCUGCUGCGUUCUGCCUUGCUCAGAAAGUGUUAAACAGUGGCGACUGGAAUGAUGUGCUGCAGCAUUACAUGGCAUAUAAAGAGGAUGAACUGGUUUCAGUGAUGCAGCAUAUGGCCAAGAAUAUUGUGAAGGUCAACCAGGGGCUCACUAAGCAUGUGACGGUUAAGAACAAAUAUACCAGCAGCAAGCAAAUGAAGAUCAGUACAAUUUCACAGCUGAGAUCCGAUGUGAUACUUAACCUGUCAAAAUCUCUGCUUCCCCAGAAAUAAGAUGCUUGUCUUGACCAACUUUUAGAGAUUCUUUGUCAGCACCAUGUGCUCCUGUAAAUAAUGUUUCCAUUAUUCUCGUGCUUUUUAACUGAAUAAAAUCUUUAACUCUA